AUGCCAAGCAAUUCGGAUUUUGUCUGGGAGAGGGUGGUGGUGCCUGUGACACCCAGCCAGCUCACGGUGUACAUUAUCAAAGUCACCUGGUCCAAUGGCUCCACAGAAGUCAUAUACCGACGGUACAGCAAGUUCUUUGACCUACAGAUGCAAAUGCUGGACAAGUUUCCGAUGGAAGGAGGACAGAAGGACCCCAAGCAAAGGAUCAUCCCCUUUCUGCCAGGAAAGAUCCUCUUCCGCCGGAGUCACAUCCGCGAUGUUGCGGUCAAGCGCCUGAUACCUAUCGACGAAUACUGCAAGGCCCUGAUCCAGCUGCCUCCCUACAUCUCCCAGUGUGAAGAGGUUCUCCAGUUCUUCGAGACACGACCUGACGACUUGACGCCCCCCAAAGAGGAGCCCAUUGGAAAGAAGAGGUCUGGAGCUGACUCUGCGUCGGUCGACCCCUUGGUGCUGGAGCAGUAUGUCGUGGUGGCAGACUACCAGAAGCAGGAGAGCUCCGAGAUCAGCUUGUGCGUGGGCCAGUUGGUGGAUAUCAUUGAGAAGAACGAAUCAGGCUGGUGGUUUGUGAGCACGUCAGAGGAGCAAGGCUGGGUGCCGGCGACCUGCCUGGAGGCCCAGGAUGGUGUCCAGGAUGAGUUCUCAAUGCAGCCUGAUGAAGAGGAGAAGUACACCGUUAUUUACCCAUAUACCGCAAGAGACCAGGAUGAAAUGAACCUGGACAAAGGGGCUGUGGUGGAGGUGAUCCAGAAGAACCUGGAGGGCUGGUGGAAAAUCAGGUACCAGGGCCAAGAAGGCUGGGCGCCCGCCUCCUACCUCAAAAAGGGGAAUGGAGAGAUGUUCUCGCAGAAGCUGGGGUCAGGCUCCUCUGCUCAUUCGUGUGCCUUGGAUCUGGAUGGCAUCUCCCGGCAGCAGGUUGUGGCUAACCGAGGGAAGGAUGGGAAACUCAACAGCAUCUGAAAUUCUUCGUCUACAGAGUCACCAAAGAUGAGGCAGAGACCCCCUCCUCGCCGAGAUCUGACCAUACCACGUGGUUUGAACCUACCUAAACCCCCUGUCCCUCCUCAAGUGGAAGAGGAAUAUUACACCAUUGCUGACUUCCAGACCACCAUCCCUGAUGGCAUCAGCUUCCAGGCAGGGAUGAAAGUAGAGGUUAUUGAGAAGAACCUGAGUGGCUGGUGGUACAUUCAGAUUGAGGAGAAGGAAGGCUGGGCCCCUGCCACGUUCAUCGAUAAGUACAAGAAAACCAGCAACGCGUCCAGGCCAAAUUUCCUGGCUCCGCUACCCAACGAGAUGGCGCAGCUCCGGCUUGGUGACGCUGCGGCCGAAGGCAGCACUGGCGAGGAAGCGACGGGACCGUGUCGUCCUCUGCCGGAGGCUCCUCCUAAUGGUACGGACUGUGGUGGGAAGUGGGCCAAAGACUGGAAGGGGAAGGAGGCUCCCGAGGGUGGGGACAUAGCCUUUGCUGGUGGCUACGAGGAGAUCGCGGACCACGACACAGAGGAGAAGCCCAGCCUGCCGCCCAGGAAGGAGUCCAUCAUUAAAUCAGAAGGCGAGUUACUGGAGAGGCAGAGGCCUCCCCCCAAGCCCCCAGGCGUGAUUUUGCCCAUGAUCCCACCUAAGCAAUCGGUGGCCCCAAAGGACAUCAAGAAGCCUGAGCUGAAACCAGACAAGGGCAAACUCUUCCAGCUGAAAAACGAAAUGGGACUGGAAUGUGGACACAAGGUGUCAGCCAAGGAGGUGAAGAAGCCAAACCUCCGGCCCAUUGUCAAGCCAACCAAGCCAAAAGCUGAGCCCGUGGAGGACAAGCCUGAGCCCAUCGCCCAGAAUCCAUUCUUGAAGUCAAGACCUCAGAUCAGGCCAAAACCCGCUGCAGCCCCCCGAACUGACCCACAUCCAGCUGAUGAUAAACUGGACAUUUGCAGCCUGCGAAGCAAGCUUAGACCUGCAAAGUGCCCAGAGAAACCCUCCGAGCAGGACACUGCUGCUGGUGAAAGCUCCUUCAGUAACGCCAUGGUCUCUUCAGAGGCUUCUGGAAGGUUUCAGGAGCGGCCAAGCACGGAGAGUAAACCCCUGCCCAAGCUGGACAGCCAUGCCAUGAAAGAGGCGUUGCCCAAAUCUCCCCUGGGUCCAGCAAACACCCCGGGAGCCAGGGAGCCCCCACCACAGCGCCCUGUUGUGCCACCCCGCAGACCACCUCCCCCAAAGAAAACAGGGGGUCCUGCCCCCGGCCUCGUGACGGAGCUCAGGGCCCCGACACGGGAAGCACCCGAAAUCAGGUCGUCCCCGGUGCCGGGGAGGCCCAUGCUGGUUCCUCCAAAAGCCAAGCCGUUCCUCUCUGCCUCUGUCCAAGAAGAAGCCAAAGUGAAAAGCAGUGUAAGCCCAAAGGUCAUAUCCAAGCCAGUGGAGAGAGGGGAAGCCAAGGAGAGGACCUCAGCCCCCGUCUCCAGUCCAGACAUCGCCAGGGAAGGUCUCUAUGUGGCAGUGGCAGAUUUUGAAGGCGACGAGGAGACCAACAGCUUUAAAGAAGGGACUUUGUUUGAAGUUCGUGAGAAGAACAGCAGCGGCUGGUGGUUUUGCAAGGUCCUGACUGGGGGACCAUGCUGGGAGGGCUGGAUCCCUUCCAAUUACUUACGGAAGAAGCCAUAG